AUGGCUGCAAGAAAUACUAUUGAUGGCAAACGUUUUGUCCUUCGUUCACCUAAUAAAGAGUCUGAAAGUUAUUUUAUUCCAGCAAAUGAAUCUGGAUCUAAUAUUUCAUCGAAAACUUCACAACCAUCAACAUUACCACUACCACCACCGACAACAGUUCAGUCGGCUGAUGUAACAACACCACGUACAGAAGUUGUACCUCCAGCACUACGUAUCGUUGUUAUACGAAAUACAAAACAUUAUCAAAACGAUCAAGGAUCAGUUGAUUUAGGUGAACUUGGAAGAUCUAAUUCUGUCGAAAUUCCUCCAGCAAUUAGUGAUGGUAAUAAAUCCGUGUAUCUCAUUCGACGACCUAUAGCACCUGAUUCAUUAAGACCAGUUGAAUUCUAUCAAACAAUUCAAGAGCCAUUACCUACUACUCCUUUAGAACAAAUACGUACACCUACUAAUACUUUAGACCAUACACAUAUACCCACUAAUACUUUAGAACAAACACGUGCACUUACUCCUACUAAAGAUAUUAUCACUGCGUCUGAUCAACCUCGAUCACCAAGUCCACGUUCUUCACCAUCUCUAGAUUCAAAAACUUCGAAACGCUUAACAUCACCUACACAAAUUGAAAACACUCAACGUUAUGUACCAUAUCUUAAACGUUCAAGAUCAAAAGUUCGAACACCAAGCCCAAUUCGUUUAAACUCUACACGUCAAGUACCAUCUGCAAAUCAUCUACGUCAACUACCAUCUGCAAAUCGUCUACGUCAAGUACCAUCUGCAAAUCGUAUACAUCAAGCACCAUCUGCAAAUCGUACACGUUCAGCAUCAUCUACAAAUCUUACGCGUCCACCAACUGUAAAAGAAGAAGAACUUCAAGAUACUGAUCAUCAACAAAGUUUUGUCACAUUAUAUUCAUUAACGAAUACGAAUGAAUUAGAUAAUCUAUCAUGUCCUGUUACAAUUGAACCUGAACAACAAGCAAUACAAAAUUCUCGAACAGUAACUUCAAAAAUUUUUCGACGAAAAAAAACAGCUAGUGCAAGAACUAAAUCAGCUAAAUCUAUUGUACUUAUUAAUCCUGAUGAACAAUCCAUUGCUGUUAUUGAAAAUUCAUAUGUAAAAGAAGAAUCUACAAGAUCGGCAGUAAAACGUUCGAAAUCUAUAAAAAAAACACGAUUUCAUGGUAGAAGGGAUGAUCAAUCAACUGAAAAUUUAUUAAAAACAUCUCAAUCGCAUGGAUGUCUUAGUUGUUUAUCAAGACAUAUAUGUUUAAUUAUAAUUAUUUGUUUUAUUAUUAUUCUAAUUGGUUUAGCUGGUGCUGGUGUUAGUACUUAUUUUCUUAUUACGGAUUCAUCAAAUAAUACUAUUCCAAAAAUUGUUGGUAUUGUAGUUGGUGGAAUUUUAGUUAUUGUUGCUUUACUUUUUUUAUAUAUCGUACUUGGAUGUAUUGGUGCACGUGAUGGAUAUUUUACAUAUAAUAAUAAUGAUGAUAAUAAUCAACAUAUUGGGGGUCGAGCAUUUGCACUUAUACCUCCAUCACAUCCAAAUGCUCAUUUAUAUAUUCCACGUGAUUAUAUGAAAUUAGUUGAAAAUAAUCAUUCAUUAUCAAAAAUACAAAUGAUGACAAGAUCUACUUCAAAUAUUGUUCAUAGUCGAUCAUCAUUAAUGACACCAGUACUAAAUAAAUCAUAUACUCAACAACAAAUAAUUCAUAGAUCAAAUUCAUCAGGAGAUGGAUUAGAAAAUAAACCAAAUAAAGAUAAUAUUACUAUUGAAAUGCCUGAACGUCUUGUAACAGGAAGACAAAUGUCACCAAGAUCACGUGAACGUAGUUUAAAUAAAGUUGUUAAAAAUAUUGGCCAUGUUGUUGAAGAUGCAAAAAAACGAUAUCAUGGAGAUAUACCAACAAAAGUUAUUGUUCAAAUUAAUAAAAAUACCAUAGAAACAGCAUAG